AUGUUGGCGUUUUAUAUUACGGCAAAUGAAGUUUCAUAGGUACUCAAAUCAAAACAACCUGUUUUAUAAUAACAUUAGUCUGGCAGCUUGCCAAUUAAUCUCCCGAAAUAGUGGGCGUGCGAGGGCAGGCGCUCACGUACUACUACUCGCGUCAGUGCCGCUGGAAUACUCCAGUUUCGUAAUUUAUAUGAGACCGCAAUCAUGGAGCGGCAGAACACGGCGUACUCGAGUUUUCAUGGCUCCAUGCGCAGCAGAGACUCAUCGUCCACCACCGGCAGCGACGCCAGGGAGAAAAUCAAGGAUUGCUUACGGAAAUUCAUAGCAUUCAUGUUUACACAAGUGGGAGUUGGCGCACUAGUGGUGUGUUACGCGAUGCUCGGAGCUGCCAGCUUCAUCCACAUCGAGAAGAACAGCCCCGACCGGCAGCUCGAGGACGUGCGCCAGUGGCGGCUCAACACGACGCAACAGCUCUGGGCAAUAGUACAGAAAAACAACAUAUUUGAUGAAGCUGCCUUCAAAACUGGAGCAGAUGAAAUCCUAAGAGUAUACCAGAAUAACAUAUCACAAGCCAUACAUAAAGGCUACAGUGGACACUCGCCUGAAGAUAUCUGGUCAUUCCCAGCCGCUCUAAUGUACAGUUUAUCUGUGUUCACUAUGAUUGGAUAUGGCAAUAUUGUACCAAAAACGGUUUGGGGCAAAAUUCUAACUAUUGCGUAUGCCUUUUUCGGCAUACCAAUUUAUAUUUUAUACUUCUGCAACAUGGGUAAGGUGUUGGCGAAAACCUUUAAAUGGUUGUAUAUAACGGCUCACGAGUGCAGCAGACGUGAAGACCCAAUGUUUGAAGAUGGAGAGCCAAUUAAGAGGAAGAUCACAGUUCCAUCGACUGCUUGCCUGUGGGUUAUAUCAUUUUAUAUCCUGUCAGGCACUAUAAUGUUUGGAGCUUGGGAGAAAUGGAACUAUCUGGAUUCUACAUACUUCUGUGUUAUAAGUUUGUGUAAAAUUGGUUUUGGAGACUUUGUUCCUGGAGCUAACAUAGCUGAUUCAGCCGGAGGCUCUCAUGUGAAACUCGUGAUAAACUUUGUUUAUGUGCUGCUGGGUAUGGGCCUAGUGGCCAUGUGCUACAACCUGAUGUGUGAAGAUGUGAGGUUCAAGGUGCGGGAGCUCCGAGAGGAUCUCAAAAACUGUUUAGACGACAUCACUUUGAAGAUAACAGUGUGCAUGAAUGAUACUAAAUAUUAUCACCAGAAGGCUAAUAGACAAGUGAAGUGACAACAAGAAUGUUUGUAGUCCAAUGUUCCAAAAUGAAUGAAUGACUGAACUUUUGUACU